AGGCCGAAAAAUAUGGGCAAAGACCAAAAUUUAUUCUGUAGGUAAUAUAUAGGAACCUCUGCAGCUUACCAUUACCUGGCCUGUUCUUCUGCCCAUUUCAACGAACGAUCAAAUUUUUUUUUGCUUUGUAGAGAUUGUUUCACUGUAUAUGCACAGGUAUUGCGGCGGAAUUCUGAAAAUAAACAGAGAUGCCAGGGCCGGGACCGCAUAUGAUGUAUACAUUGGGUUCAGGAUUAGGAUUGAUGAGUGUAUCUAAUGGCCGGUUUAGUCCUCAUCACUGCGUUACCUAUUCCAUCAACGCUUUCUUUGGACCGGACAUUGGAUCUUUCUCUGAGUGGCUUACAUCAACCCUUGGGUUAGGAAGUGCUUUGGGUUAUGCAAUUGAGCCCUGGAUCCAUGACCCCUUUUAUCAUAUACUUAUUCUUGGUAUCCCCAUGUCCAUGCUUUACAGCGCUCUCUCCAAAUUUCUCCUAAAGAAGGGAUUGCUCGAUUCCAUUUCAGGGGUUCCGCUUACAAGGAAACAGUGUCUUUUCCUGGUGGCUGCUGGCUCUUUGUCACAUUUUUUCUUGGACCAUUUGUUUGAGGAAAAUGGGAAGUCUACUAUGUACACUUGGAUAUUGAGCACAGGUUGGUGGGAAGGGCGCGCACCAAUCAAUCUCGAUGCUGUUGUUGUGGUUUGCAUUCUAUGUAGCUGCUUGAUUGCUGACUUUAUAUACAUAAACAGAGUGAAGCCGCUCAAACUGCUCAAACUACGAGUUAUCAACUCUGUCAAACUGAUCUUGGUAAUUGCUUCCUUAUACUGUUUAUGGUGUGCAACCCAAAUAUACUUGGUUCAACCUCGUCGGCCAGCAGUUGGUGAAGAGGCUGAUCUUGGAGUUCUUGUGUUUAUGACAAUAUAUUUUUUCCUCCCUCAUUGGCUAUGCAUUCAGUCCAUGAACUCAAGAGAUCCCCAAGAUCUUUUGCCCUUAUGACUACAUGAAAUGCAUAGUGACUAGUGACAUAAAAAAUCUCAAGGCUAUAAUUGAUUGAACCCAAGUCCAGCAACAUUUUGUAGAGGAGCUGAACUAGUCAAUUUUCGCCGUUCCAUUGCAGCAUAUGUUGCUCUUUAAGGUUCCUGGUAUCAUCUAGGCAUAGAUUUACCUUGCUUUCCUGGCUCCACAAAGUGUAGAGAGAGUGAUUUUGGAGCUGCAUCCUUUCUUCCUGGGGAUGAUAAGUUAACUGUAUGGUAUCGAAAAAACGUUGACGUUAUAAGGUUUUGUUGAUAAAAAAUAACUUAUGCUAGCUCAUAUUUAUACCUUCAUUGUGCAUUGAAAUAAACAAACUGGAGAUGUUACAUAAAUUAGCUCCUCUUGGUGUGUUCAUUUGUUUUUUUGUUUCUAUGUCCGGAACCCAUAUUGGAGCUCCGACUAAAUCUGGAUCGCGCACCGCAGGGCCCAUUGCGCUCCCAACAUGAUUUUCUCCAUACCUAGAGCUCGAACCUGAGACAUCUGAUUAAUGGUGAAACACUCCCACCGAUGUUGAUCUGUUCAUGUGAUUGUGUAAUUGCAACUCUCUACAUUUUUGCUCUUCUUUAGGUAUCAUCAAUUAUGGGUUGAUAGAAAAUGAGAUUAGAAUGAAAAUGAAAUUGUAAUAGUUAACCCCUUGGGGUGUUACCUGCGUGAACACAUGAUAUUUUGUGUAUCGAGAACGGUAAUAGUUAGAAUAA